AUGCUCAGACAGAGGCGACUCCCGUCCGCCCCCAACCCCGAAGUGCCCGCCGAACAGAGGCGACUCCCGCCCGCCCCCAACCCCGAGGUGCCCGCCGAGCGAAGCGUCGGAGUGGUGAAGGCGGCCGUCCAGUACAUCGCCUCGGAGCCGGUGGAGGCGGCCGUCCAGUACAUCCCCUCAGUGCCCGCCGAGCGAAGCGUCGGAGUGGUGAAGGCGGCCGUCCAGUACAUCGCCUCGGAGCCGGCGGAGGCGGCCGUCCGAAGCGCUCAGUACAGUGCUCUGCCCACCGUGAGCGCUCAACAACUCCGACCGAGUGAUUCCCCUCAGAGCCGGUGGAGGCGGGUCGGGGAUGGGCGCAUGCGCGCGGCGGCGAUGAGCGUCGCGGGGCGGCCCCUGGGCCGGAGGCCCCUGGCGCUGGCGGCCGGCGCAGGCGCGCUGUACGUGGGCUGCCUGCUGCACCUGCUGGGCCGCGCGCCGGCCCCGCCCGAGACGCCCUCCCUGGGGCGCCCCCUGCAGGCCGCCCCCUCGCCGCCGCCGGCCCCCAACGUGGUGUACAUCACGCUGCGCGCGCAGCGCCGCCGGCCCGCCAACCUACGGGGCACGGUGAGGCCCAAGCGGCGCGAGAAGCGGCGGGGGGCGGUGGUGGUGGGGCUGACGGGCGCCCCCUGGAGGCCGGCGCGGGGCCCGCGCGAGAGCGGGAUCCGGCUGGCCAGCGGGCGCGCCCCCUCGUGGCUGAGCGGCGCCGACGUGGGCGGGCUGCGCUGGCUGGCCGACGCCCCCCUGGACCAGCUGGGCCGGGGGAGCCCCAACAGUAGCCCCGGGAGGAGAGGAGCAACAACAGUAGCCCCCCCCGGACCCCCCUGCGGCCCGGGCCGAGGCCCCUGCGCCCUGUUCAAGCAGCCCCUGGACAUGAGCGAGGUGUUCGCCUUCCACCUGGACCGCAUCCUGGGGCUCAACAGGACCCUGCCCUCCGUCGGCAGGAGGGCCCCCUCCUUCAGCCCAGAUGGACACCCUUGUCCCGUCAUUCUCUGGGACCCCUCGUUAUCUCCAACCAAUAAUCAGACUCACUCUUCCAUCUAUCUCACCUGGGGCGCUUAUCAGCAGUUGCUGAAGCAAAAAUGUUGGAAAAACGGCAAAGUUCCCAAACCUGAAUCGGGCUGUACAGACAUACAUCAUGAUGAAUGGUCCAAGAUGGCCCUCUUUGAUUUUCUACUACAGGUCUACAGUCGAUUAGAUAGCCACUGCUGUGGAUUCAAACCUCGCAAGGAGGAUGCAUGUGUUCAGGAAGGACUGAAUCUGAAAUGCGAUGCCCAAACCAAUGUGCCACUGAUGCACAUCAUUCACAGAAAGAAUGACCGGAGGCAUUUGGUUUUUACGGACAAUAAGGGCUUCUUUGAUAGAAGUGAAGAUAAUUUAAAUUUCAAGUUAUUGGAAGGGAUCAAUGAGUUUCCUGAAUCUGCAGUUUCUGUUCUGAAGAGUCAGCACUUAAGACAGAAACUCCUUCAGUCGUUGUUUCUUGACAGAGUUUACUGGGAAAGCCAAGGAGGUCGACAAGGAAUUGAAAAACUUAUUGAUGUGAUAGAACAGAGGGCCAAAAUCCUUCUUACUUACAUUAAUGCACAUGGAGCCAAAGUAUUACCAAUGAAUGAAUGAGAGCUUUAGCAUUUUAAUGAAACAUUGAUUUUAUUCGUAUAUUUUAGACAGGAACAUGUACUAUUAAUCAGAUUGUUUUAGGAAUAUUCUUAAAAACAUUUUGUCACCACUGAAAACAUCUGACUUUUCUCCGAGAUAGCCUCCAUGCAUUUUUUAUUAUCAUUACCUAUAGAACAGAGAUAUCUACCGUCAGAACUUCAACGCUGGCAAAAUGAGGCUUACAUUUUGCAAAAUCUCCAGAGAACAUAAUGCAUCUCUAUAGUGUUGAUGGGUUAUUUGCACAAAAGUCACUACAAUCUCUAAUGUCAAUGUAAAUUAUUCACUGUGUCUUUGACAAGGCUCUAGGUUUUCAGGAAAUAUCCUUCGUUGCUAGUCUAUAAACAGUAUUAAUUUGACAGUAAUUCAUAUUCUACAGCAUUCCUUCCAUUGAGAUUGAAUUUCUGUCCAGUUAAUUUUGGUGCAAAGCAGUUUCAAGUUAAAAAUCACAGAAUAUAGGAAGAAACAAUACACUAAAUUUCCUUUUCUUUUAGAUGUUAGAAAUUGUGACAAAAUCAUUUUUAUAAGGGAGAUUCAAUAUUUCAUUAUUAUAACAUAAUUUCUUCAAAUAUGUUCUUGGUGCUCAGAAAUAAUAGGACCUAGGUUUGAAAGGAAUAAUCACAUCUAAAUAACCCCAGGACCACUUUCCAUGUUUAGUUAAAGCUGAUUUUGAUUACCUGGUGUUUUCACCUUGGGACCCCUACUUGGGGAAAACUCAUGAAAACUCAUAACUAGACCAAAAAAGCAUAGGAAGCCAGGUCAUUCUCUCCUCACCUGAAUUCCCCAUUACCUGGGAACAAUGGAGUAAAAUGAGCUGGAGUACCCAGCUCAUUAUCUUGGGCCUCAUUAUAUAACUGAAGACUCCAAAGGGUAUUUUGGGUAAAAUAGCUAUUUCAAUCAAUAUUCCAAACUUUGUGCUCCAAUCCCAGGCUAGCCUGUUAAAAUUUGACUUCUCAAAUUAAAAGUCUCAGUUUACUUAAAAAAUGUUCAUUGAGUUGACUUCCAUCUCCCACAUUGUUUUCCCUUUUUGUUAAAGUAUAUAACAUUCGUAGCUUUGGGUGAAGAAUAUUUAAUUACCAGAUAAUAGCAUUAGGAAACAUUAGAAAAUUAGGAAAAUUAUCCUUUGAAGAUUCUGAUUUCAACUUCAAAUAUAGUAUUCAGAAAAAUGCAAUAAAUGAAAAUCACUAUUUAACUUCACAUUCAUGAUAUUAUAUAUAGCUCACCUUCCUAUUUAGUGUCUGGUAAAUAUAGUCAUAUUUGUUUUGUAUUAGAGCUGAGCAUUUCAAAUUAAAUAUAAAUUUUAAGAUUUCCUGUGUACUUCACCAUCAUCAAUCGUAUUUAUUGAGCGCUUACUGUGUGCAGAGCACUGUACUAAGUGCUUGGGAAGUACAAAUUGGCAACAUAUAGAGACAGUCCCUACCCAACAGUGGGCUCACAGUCUGUCUUCAGCCCAGUUGGUUCUAUUACAGGUCUUUAAUUAGUGAAGCUUGUUUAAGAAUAAUGAAUAACCAGUGGCCAAGCCUUUGAACUUAGAAACUACUGCUCAUUUUUUUCCGUCAUAAAAGAAAAAAAAAUGUAUUAAUAAUGAGAAAACUGUGUGAAUUUCAAAUGCCCUUAGACCCUCCUGAGUUCCCAACAGCACAGUCCAUUGUUUAUUUAUAAAUUCAUGCAUUUGAACAGAAUAUUUUACCUCAGCAGACACGGGAAGACUUGUUCCUAAGUCAUUCUACUUCCUUUAGACUUUUACAUUGAAAAAGACUUACAACCUCAACAAAAUCUAGAAUAAAACAGACUUGUGAUUUAAAACAAGUGUUGUGUAAUCUCUGAAGGAAUUCAUACCUUCAAAUUUCUAGGUAUAUGCUUACUACCAUUAGUGUGGAUGUAUGGAAAGAUUUUCAUUUUUGAACAGUGUGGAGGGAUGCUUA